AUAUUUCUAUUAGUUGAUAAUUAGUUGAUGGUAAUUAGGCCGUCAGACGAGAGCUAAUUAUUCUAGCUGGGCGCAGCCCACGGGUUAAGGCGCUAAUCAGGAGAACUCAUCAGUGUGCGGUAUAAUAAGGCAGUGUGCGGACACAACAGGCAAACUUUCACUCCUGGAUAGAGUCGCUACGGACAUGACUGGAAAGACCACGGUGGAGACACAGCCCCUUGUCUCGGGACCACAGGCCACCCAGCCCCGCAGAACUCCCACUGCCGGUACGGUCAUGAGGAGCCCGUUCGCCAUCCAAGAGCUGUUAGGACUUGGGAAGGGUGACGACGACAGGAGUAAGGCGCGCACGCCCGUCCCCGCUACCGUCCACGUGUCCCUCCCCCAGCCCGCCUUUGUCUUCACACGUUCGCCCUUCCUCCCACCCAUCCACGCGCCGGUCUCCCUCGCCCACAAGCUGGACCAGCAGCUCCUGGAGGCGCAGAUACAAGGAGAAGGCCACAGGAGUCCAGACCUCAGCAAGGAUGUGGACAGAGACAGGGACGACAAGAAGAAGAGAAAGAAGAGGAGACACAGAACCAUCUUCACGUCGUACCAGCUGGAGGAGCUGGAGAAGGCGUUUAACGAGGCUCACUACCCUGACGUGUACGCGCGGGAGAUGCUAGCCAUGAAGACAGACCUACCUGAGGACAGAAUACAGGUCUGGUUCCAAAACCGGCGCGCGAAGUGGCGGAAGAAGGAGAAGACUUGGGGCCGCAGCAGCGUGAUGGCGGAGUACGGACUGUACGGGGCGAUGGUCCGACACUCGCUGCCGCUCCCUGAGUCCAUCCUGAGGUCCGCCAAGGACGGGAUCAUGGAGUCCUGUGCGCCGUGGCUGCUUGACAUGACCGCAGGAAUGCACAAAAAGUCCGUGGAGAUCCAGCAGGCGCUCACCACCGGGGGCACGCAGAAGUCCGACUCCGCGGAGGAGAUGGAGGACACCCCCGAGGAGGUGCAGGAGAAGGAAAGGCCCCCGUCAGUGCACGAGGAAGCUACAUCCAAGGAGGAGAUGAGAUCGAACAGCAUCGCCACCUUGCGGGCCAAGGCACAAGAACACCAUGCAAAGGUUCUGGAGGAGGCGGAGAGAGACCGCGGCACGGCCGAGGGUUGCACUUCCAGACCCGUCAGCUGCAGGAAGGAGGGGUCUCCAGAACACGGGCCCGACAGUGACAGCGCAGAGGAAAAAUGUCUAGAUCCAAACUGAACGAAAAGCAGUGUACAAUCAAGGGAUAUCUAGAAAAUAUGAAAAGUUGCUGUUCGUGACAUUGAUGAACCCACUCUUGAUUUUCACCAUUGUCUAUGACAUAUCUAUAUAUCAUGCCUAUAUACUAUUUCAACCAGCAUGGGUUUUGUAUGGAGCUCCUGUAAAAAGAACACAGAGGUUUCGCUAAUCUUGUAGUAUCCAUUUGUCUUCAUGUCCCUUUGAGAUGUUCCGGGCAUCAUUCUUGUAUAUAUUCAUGUAAGGAACGACAUGUAAGAAAUCACCUCGGUGGUUAAGUCAAGCCUGUUGCGUAGCAACGUACAAGUUUAAGGUUACAAACCUGUUACUAUUCUACAACUGUUUGUAACGACAUCAUGCAGUGCAACUUUACUUCAAGUUGUACACACGGCUUUCAGUAUCCCUAUCUCGUCACUAUUUUAGUAAAUUCCUACAUCGUAUAUGAUACAACACCAGAAAUGAUGAUAAUGAAUGUUAUGGCCUACAUUACUUUGCCACCGUUAAUAUAAAUUUAUAUCUGCAUGUUACUUUGUCAUUUUCACAUGUAUACAUUACAUCGUGUAAAAAAAACAACAACUAAGCAACCAUCAUCUAUAAAUGUGUUCAAUGUUGAACGUUAAGAAUAAUUUCAACAAUGUCUUAAUGUUCUCCCAAGACAUCGAUCCUGAAACUGUGUACAUAUAUCAGAUAUCCUUACGAAAUAGAACUGAUGUAGUUUUCCCCUUAACAGAGAGUCUCUCCUGUAGGGAGGACAUGUUUUUGUCCCUGGUCCCUGUUCGCCAUGACUGGUCUCUAACGCUAUCGCAGGUGAUGAAAGCCGCCGCCUGGCGUUCUGAUGACCUCUAACUUGUGCCACAGAGACGUCUACUCCGCCUGUCGGGAUAAUUCCCGGGUUUAAUAACGGAUUAUCCUUCAUUGUGCAAUUAGCGUGAUCCCUUAAUAGGCCUGCCGGUAAUUUGUCAAAUCCAUAAAUUGGGCAUGUGCGGAGAGCGCCCGAGGCUUUACGCUACAUGAUGGCACGCAACUUGAACUUAAAAGCAUCUUUGCGGACACGAUUAUCAUCAACCUUUCAUUUCUUUUUGUUGACCUGGCUUUUAAUCGGAUCGACUCGGAUUAGCAUGACGUAAUCUUUUACGACACAGCGAAUUCGAAUGUGAUAAGAAGCUAAGUCGUAGAGUUUGUUCAACAGCGUUCCUUAAAUUCAACUUUGACCAAACUGUGAUGACAAAUGUAUCAGUCAAAGAUUAGUCGUUUAUGUUUGAUCAAAGUUGACUCAAAAAGAUUUUGUUCCGGUAAACAUCACGUCGUUUCUCGGGACCUUUGACGGUGACAAAUAAUCUUGACCAAUGCAAAUUUUUGCCAGAGAGUGAAGAUGCCUAUGAGGUCAGCGUUGUUGUACCGCUUAUCAACUGCUUGUACAAUCUUAUAUAUCUGUAACGUUACUGUUCUGUGUCGCGUUGUUCGCCAAGCGAUGUGUUUGUUGUCUGGGAGUGCCCGGCGUGCUGAAAACUACUUAAGUCUGAUAGACCACUUUCUGAUUUGGAAAGUAUCAAAUAUUGCUGUUUGAAUUUGGUAGCAAUUCAAUUUUUGCAGCAUUUGAUUAGUCAGCUGUGUAAUUGAAAAUUCACAGCUUUAAGCUUAUAUCUGCCUGUUGGAAAAAACAGAACAGUUUUCCAUCUUCAAACAGCUUAAGAGUUAGACUACCUUGCUUAGUCAGUAUGCACACCCUGUGUACCUUGUGCAUGUCUUGUGUUUUGUUGCUCUGUAAAUAAAAGCCUGUGCUUGGAUCAAUGUGCAUAGUGUGUUUUUGUUUAUCUUACUUACGAUAUACAUACAAGAAAACUGAAAUAAGCAAGGAAGGUUGGAGGCUUAAGUGCAAUUGCUGAUAUAUAUGAUUUGAAUAAACAAUCCAGCAUAUUCAGUAUUCACCAUGUCAACAUUGUGGUUGUAGACAGCAGGAGGGUGUGAAAGGGCUAGCCUCUCUGCCAUUGCAGGGUAAUUUUACUAACUACAGUGAAGUACAGCCAUGCUUAAAAAUACAGACACAUUUACUUAGCAGAAGCUGGAAUUAUAUUCACAGGUCACCUGAGGUGUUGGAAACAUCCACACAGUUAAAUGGUGGAAAAUAAUAAGACAAACAAAUCUUGCUGCUUGAUUUUGGUUUAGGCCACAGCAAGUAAAUUCUAUGGAUGACAUCCUCUGCAGACUUAAAAAAUAAUGCGAUAGGGUGAAAAAAAAGCAAGA